AUUGACCAGCCUGAGACCAGUCAGGCAACCUAUAACACGGUGUCGCGAGAAACGCCGCCGUCAGACCCAUCAAUCACGGCGUGCCCGUCCCAUUCCACCGACUCGUUAGAGGAGGACCACUGUUACGCCGCGACUCCGCUUUCCCCUGCCUCCGCUUCAAGCUCCUCCGCACACCCUCCACCCUUCUCGUCUCUCUUUGUUUCGCCUUCGUCCGACUCCAAUCGCGCAUACAAAGUUACUGAGCCCGGUCCCGCUUGCCCACCAGCUUUAGCGCCCCCGACUCCUGUCGAGGAGUCCCUCGAGCCGGCCCCUUCUUCAGCGGUCGUUGCUGAUACAAAGGCUUCUUUCUCUGAACCUAAAAACGAGGGUUCCGCUGACGACAGUGAACCCCCUCCACCUUACACCGAAGGAUACAGUCCGCUUGAAUCAUUCACCUACGUUAUGGCUGCCGCAGGAGGUGCUUCGAGUAUCAUCACCCAGGUCUCCCAGACUGGGGGACCGCCAAUCAACACUCUCGGUGACAUUGGUGGCGAUGAAAACAUCUGUCUCGAACUUCGGAAUGUUCGUUUCACCCUUUCUCGGGAUGAGCUUCUGACUCUGCCGGAGUUUGUUCUCCUGUCUCUAUUCCCCAACGGUCUGCUGCCGGACGGCCACGCAACCACAAAUGGCUUCCACGACGGCGAGGUCUACCCUGUUGAUUAUGACCCCGCUGCUCUCCAGUACAUGCUGGAUUUCUUCCGCAACGUCGCCCAGACGAUCCCCUCAUCUCUGCCAUCUGGCUCUACUUCACCCGAUGCGGAACUUGCAGACGCGAUGCAGGGCUCCGCCCGCGACAUGCUGCAGGACCGUGCUGGAAUCAUUGUCCUCAGGGAAGACCUUGACUUCUACGUGAUCCCCCCGCGUGCUGACAUCGGCCACGAAGAGAUGCUUGAAGUCAAGCGCGCAGCUGGCCGGUCCCUUCUGAAACAAGAUGGGAUCUUCUCUGGAUUGAGAAAGAGUGAGGAAAUCGGAUCAACUGAGCAGCAUCUGAUUGAGAUGUUGACCGCUGGUGGGUUUGACCGCGAAGACCAAUGGGGCCACCGUGCCGCUGAGCCCAACAAGGCAGUUAUUUGCAGUCUUGCCUUGGCUAAACUCCGCACUGAUAUCCGAGGCGACUUGUCCAACAACAAUGCUGUGGGCAUGGCCCAGAAGCUUCUUCUGUUCUGGCGCAAGCCUGCCCGCCGCUGCUGGUGGGAGGGUAUUGAGCUUGAUGAUGUGGAGGGCGUUGAUGGUCAGGUCAAGGUCUGGAUUCGGCGCGUAUGGACAUUGGAGAUGGUAAGUUAUCAUUCCUUUUACUGA